AUUUUCAUUGAACGAAAAUUUUUGAAUAAAAUUUUGAUUAAAUUAUAUUUUUGUAGCAAAAAAAAAAAACGAAAAUGUUCAGACCAUCUCAAAUCAUAUUGAAAUCAUGCAUCACCAAUCAUCGCCACUUUUCUCGACGAGUUGUCCAACCAAACGUUGUGAGAAUAAUUAAAUCUUCGGAAAAUUAUAAGAGACAAGCAAUGGAUAAUAAUAUUAAUCCAGAAGAAUAUUCUCACAAACAUGUUGAUGAAGGUUUUCAAGAAACAAUUGCUGAGAAAAAAGUUGAUAACAUGGACAAAAAUUGGACGAAUGAAAAAAUAUCUGUAAAUAUUCCGAUAUUUGAGAAGAAUAGCCAUACUAAUAAUCAAUUUAGUGAAACAAUCAUCAAAACGUUAAUAAAAAAAGAUAAAGCUGAAACAGUAAUGUUGGAAGGAAAAAGGCUAAUCAAUGAUGCUAUUGAGAAUAAUUUGAAAAUUACCCAUAUAUUCUUCUCUCGUAAAGAUGAUUUGAAAGAUAUAAUCGAUUUGAAACGUUUAAUUGAACAACAAACAACAAAAUUGGUCAAAGUAACUUAUAAAGAAAUGAAAACUUACAGCACAUUGAAAACUCCACCAGGAAUUAUGGCAAUCGUUAAAAAACCUUAUCAAGAUGAUUCAAAAGUCAGUAAUCAGGAAAGCAAUAAUAUGCCAUUGAUAUUGAUUUGUGACAAUGUUCGAGAUCCAGGUAAUAUGGGCACCAUAAUUCGGACAAGUGCUGCAGCCGGUAUUGAAAAAAUAAUUUUAACUGAAGGCUGUGUAGACAUGUGGAAUCAAAAAGUGAUAAAAGCUGCUGCUGGUGCUCAUUUUAAAAUUCCUAUUAUUUCGAAAAUUAAAUGGGAUGAUAUACCAUCAAUAUUACCACAAAUAUUUGAUUUAUAUAUAGCUGAUGUUAAACAUACAUCUAACACCGAAAAAUCUUGCUUAUAUUAUCAUCAAGUUAAUUAUUUUUCAAACAAUAAUGAUCCAUCAAAAGUUUUGGUCAUUGGUAACGAAGCUUUCGGAUUAAGUUCUAACUGUUAUGAAUUUGCACAUACAAAUAAUGGAUAUCAUUUAAAAAUACCUUUAUCAAAUAAUUCUGAAAGUCUAAAUUCAGCUAUAGCAUCAGCCAUUUUAAUUUAUGAAAUACGUAGACAAUUUGAAUUUGUUAGUCAUAUCAUGGAUUAAAAAAAAAUUAAAUUAAAUGUACAACAAUGAAUAAAAUGAAAUUUUUCUAUUCAAAAACUAUAAUGCCCGCGUUCAUCGAUAGGUUGGCCCAUAUG